GCAAGAUGGCGGAUAAACCAGUGUGCAAAUAUGGAAAGAAAUGUUAUAGAAAGAAUGCUGCUCACCUCGAAAAGUUUUCGCACAAUGACAGGGAAAAUAUUCAGGAUGAAGGAAAUACAAGCGCUUCACUUGAACCUCCUAUCAAGAAACGUCGAAAAGAUGAAAAACAACCAGAAACAACAUCUAAGUGCAGUAAAGAGGAAGUAUCAGACAAAAUUUCACAUGAAAUAAUAAAAGAGAAGUUUGGUAUAAGCAUGCCACAAGAUUUUUAUGAUUUGUGGCUAUUAUGCAAGGAGCUCAAUCCCCAGAAACCUCAAGAUGCUCUUAAAGAUGUAAGUCUGGAAUUGGUUGGUCCUUAUGAUAUCCUAUCUGGUAAAGAGUUUCAAACUACAGAGAAUUCUUGCUCCCUCUGUCUUCACUAUCGCUAUUUUUGUGAUCCUCCUGAGUUUGUCACAGUUUUGAAAGGUGAUGAUACUGUUGGGUUACAUAUUGGUUAUUAUCGUGAUAAUCCAGACGACAAACCAGUGUUAGUGGCUUCUAAUGAAUCAAAGACAAACUGUGAGUUCAGAGUACUUGGUGAUAACAUAUUUGCAGGAAUAAGCAAUAGUUUAAAACAUACAACCAAGAACAAAGGCACGACAGAGUCAAGAAUGCUGAAAGAAAAGAUUGAAAAAAAUGCAAGAGAAAGAAAAUUAAAUUUAGAGCCGAACCCUCCAUCAAUUAAGGCUAGAAAUAAAAAAGUUGUUGCGAAAACAUUUCACAAAAUGGGCAUUGUUGUUCCAUUGGAUGAAAAUGGCGUUGGUUAUCGAGAUCUUCAAAUUUCAAAUGGGGAACUUAAAAGAAUGUUGGCAGACAUUGUGAACGACAACCAACGAGAAGCUUUUCUCGACGAGUUGCAAGAUAUUAUAACCCGUGUUCAGUUUGCCAAUGAUGAAUGUGACUAUGGUAUGGGUCUUGAAUUAGGCCUGGAUUUGUUUUCAUUUGGACAUGAAAUGUUCAACAGAAAGGCUACAUUGUUACUCACAUUAGCAUACGAAUUACUGGGUAGAAGCGCAUUUGGAAAAGUAGUCGAGCGUCAUCUGGAGCAACGCGAUAAGAACUCUCUGUACAUUAAUCUUUUGCACUAAGCUUAACUCGCUAUCUUUUUAUGACGGCGAAAUCGGGACUUUUUGUUAAUAGAACCAUGUCAAGGUUUUUGUUUUUCCAUGUAAAUGUUUUAAAAAAAUUGAAGUCAAU